CAAUCAUAUUAAUGGUUUAUUUUAUAGUUUCCGUGCACAGCGUGGAUAACAGUGCCUGCAUUCUAACCCUGUUACUGGAACAACUGAUUUAUUGUUUUCUGCGCCAUUCAUCCUUGGGUCCUGCAGCCAGCCGAACAGUAACAGACAAAAUCGGGCAACAAGCAAGCGCGUGUAUGUAGCAUACACAUUGUUGCAACAACGACGUGUGCCCAAGCUUCGCGCAAGGAGGCUGCCUCCAUCAACGUACCCAAAAUCGUGGCUGAAUUCCAUCCCUCCCCUGCUUGUGUGAAUCAUUGAGAGGUCUGAUCGUCGUGUGGAAUCCCUAACAACCAUCACAGGGAGUUUCACAUCUCGUCCUGUGCUUAAUUGGGAUCACCCGUGAACAAGCAAAUACCAUAUACAGGUGUCAACAUCAAAGCAAUGACCGAAGGCAGAGCUGGAGUCAGGCAGUCCAGAGGGCAGCAGAAGUUGCUCAGCAUGGACAUGGAUGAAGAGGAGAACAUGAGUUCGAGCAGCACAGACGUUAAGGAAAACCGCAACCUGGACAACCUCUCCUCCAAGGAGGGGCCGGGCGAGGGUGUGCAGACCCCCAACGGGAGUGCAGGUGGUGGCGGAGGCGGCGGUGGGGGUGGCGGCCGCAAGCGCCCUCUGGAAGAGGGCAACAAUGGGCACACGCACGGCGGAAAGUUCCGGCCCAAGCGGCGUAAGAAAACUCCGGGGCCCGUGCUGCCCAAGAACGCGCUGAUGCAGCUGAACGAGAUCAAGCCGGGCCUGCAGUACAAGCUGCACUCCCAGACGGGCCCUGUGCACGCGCCGGUCUUCGUCAUGACCGUGGAGGUCAACGGGCAGCUCUUCGAGGGCUCGGGCCCCACCAAGAAGAAGGCCAAGCUGAACGCGGCCGAGAAGGCGCUGCGCUCCUUCGUGCAGUUCCCCAACGCGUCCGAGGCGCACCUGGCCAUGGGCCGCACGCUGACCGUCAACACCGACUUCACGUCCGACAGCCAGGCCGACUUCCCCGACAUGCUCUUCAACGGCUUCGAGAACCCCGCGCCGCCCGAGGAGACCUUCUACCUGGGCACCAACGGCAACGGCUCGCUGGUGUCGCUCGGCGACUACCCGGUGCCCGUGACGCCGUGCAGCACCUCGCUGGCGCAGCCCGUGCUCCCGGUGGCCACGUUCACCACGUCCACGAGCGGCAAGAACCCGGUGAUGAUCCUCAACGAGCUGCGGCCCGGCCUCAAGUACGAGUUUGUGUCGGAGAGCGGCGAGAGCCACGCCAAGAACUUCGUGAUGGCGGUGACGGUGGACACGCAGACGUUCGAGGGCUCCGGGCGCAACAAGAAGCUGGCAAAGGCCCGCGCUGCCCAGGCCGCCCUCUCUGGACUCUUCAACAUGCAGCUGGACCAGACGCCCUCCCGCCAGCCCAUCCCCAGAGAGGGCCUGCAGCUACACCUGCCACAGGUUCUUGCAGAUGCAGUCUGCCGUCUCAUUGUGGACAAAUUCAGCGAGCUGACGGAAAACUUCACUUCACCGCACGCCCGACGGAAAGUCCUUGCUGGCGUUGUCAUGACAACAGGCACGGACGUCAAGGAGGCCCAGGUGAUCUGUGUCUCCACGGGUACCAAGUGCAUAAACGGCGAGUACAUGAGUGACCGUGGUCUGGCGCUCAACGACUGCCAUGCUGAGAUUGUGGCCCGCCGCUCCCUGGUGCGCUUCCUCUACGGCCAACUGGAGCUCUUUCUCAGCAGCAGCCGUGAGGAGCAGCAGACGUCGGUCUUCACUCGCUGCGAGAAGCACGGCUACCGGCUGAAGGACAACGUCCAGUUUCACCUCUACAUCAGCACGUCGCCCUGCGGAGACGCCCGCAUCUUCUCACCGCACGAGGCCAGCGUUGAAGAUCAAGGCGACAGGCAUCCAAACAGGAAGGCUCGCGGGCAGCUGCGGACGAAGAUCGAGUCUGGCGAGGGGACGAUCCCGGUGCGGUCCAGCAACACCAUCCAGACGUGGGACGGCGUGCUGCAAGGCGAGAGGCUGCUCACCAUGUCCUGCAGCGACAAGAUCGCCAGGUGGAACGUGGUGGGGAUCCAGGGCUCUCUGAUGAGCUACUUCAUGGAGCCCAUCUACUUCUCCAGCAUCAUCCUGGGCAGCCUGUACCACGCCGACCACCUGUCCCGCGCCAUGUACCAGCGCAUCGCCGAGAUGGAGGACCUGCCCGAGUCCUUCACCCUCAACAAACCCCUACUGAGUGGCAUAAGCAAUGCUGAGGCGCGGCAGCCUGGAAAGGCGCCCAACUUCAGCGUCAACUGGGCGGUAGGGGACCAAGCACUGGAGGUGAUCAACGCCACGACGGGCAAGGACGACCUCGGCAGACCCUCCCGUCUCUGCAAGCACGCCUUCUACUGCCGCUGGGUUCGCCUGCACAGCAAGCUGUCUCCGAGUCUGCGGAUCAAGGGGCCCAAGCCCAGCUCAUACCAUGACGCCAAGCAGGCAGCAGAGGAGUACCACGCGGCCAAACAGACUCUCUUCAAGGCCUUCCAGAAGGCCGGCCUUGGAGCCUGGGUCAAGAAGCCCAGCGAACAGGACCAGUUCUCCCUUAACCCCUGAUAGAGACAUGGACACAUGGACACAGGGGAGGGGGGUUGUGUAUGAGAGAGAGAGAGAGAGAGAGAGAGAGAGAGAGAGAGUCGGAGAGACAGAGAGAGAGAGAGAAUGAUCAUGGGGGAAGAGAGAGAAGGAGAAAGGGAGAGUAAGAUGACAGUGAACAGAGGCACUACCAGCCAACCAGACAUCACUCAUCAUAAUAGUGUGUGUGUGUGUGUGUGUGUGUGUGUGUGUGUGUGUGUGUGUGUGUGUGUGUGUGUGUGUGUGUGUGUGUGUGUGUGUGUGUGUGUGUGUGCGUGCGUGCGUGCGUGCGUGCGUGCUUGCGCGUGUGUGUGUCUGUUUAAGACCCCAUAGUCCUUCUGCUGAGCCCCAUCUGGUCUUUCCUGAGUGUGAGUCGAGAGUAUAAUGUUUCUUGAGAUGUUUCUUUACCACUGCUGGUGAUAUGAUUUAUUUUUAAGAUCAUAUUUACACAUUAUUUAAGGCAAAUGUUUAUACCAUUUUUUUCAUAGGAAAGUAUAGAUAUCUUUUUUUGUGGUAAGACUUGAACAGAAAUGGACAACAAACACAGGUGUAGUAACUUGAAAAGCAUUGGCAGCAGUGCUCCUCAGACUGAUAUUUGGAUUCAGGCAGACAUCUCUACGGUGCUGAUGGACAGGGAUUAUGGGUAAUGCUGUUCUGUCCUUCACCUGUUCCUCUGACCUUUACCCACAGUUCAGUUGCCUUCAGUGCUCCGUUUAAGAUUAUUUUAAGUCGUGUUUUAUAUGAGAUUAUGAUUUUCUUGUGAGUGUAUAACUCAUGCCUUUCCCCCAUUUUAGCAUAUUUUUUAAACACAUCAACUCAUGAUAGCAUAUAACAUAUUUCGUUGAUGAGAGGUGGACCUUGGUAGUCAACGAUUCCUUUGCAGCAUGCCAUUGCCUUUGGGAAAUAUUCCCCACAGGGCAAGAUUCACAACUUAAUUCACUGUGUAAUAUGCCUGUCCAGGGGCUGGGCUGGUGGGUGGUGGUCCUCUCCAGUGCUCUGCAGUGGCCAUGAGCCUUGGUCCUGGCUGUGUUCAAGUGGACGUGACAAAACAGGAUGCUGAUGUAAUACACUGUGAGGACCAGAGGCCAGUACUGAGUAGUUCCGAGCCCAUAGAAUGGGGUUUUACCUCUGCCAUACAUUCUAGAACACAAUGCAGUGUAGUGGAAAGUAACGUUAUAUAUACAGUAUGACAAAUGAGAACUCACGGUUCUUAUACUUUGUGAGUUAUAAUAUAUAGACAGGAAAAUUUAGAAUGUGUUUUAUUACUAAAUGCUGUACUGUAAAAGAAAAUGACUGGUGCAUACCAUUCAAACUGGUAUCUAGUGACCAUGACCAUGAUUUUAAGGCCCAAAACAUCAACAAAAAUCUUUAAUCGUACAUCAGGUUUUAAUUUGAUUGGCGUCUUUUUCUGUUAUUGAUUGACUGCAGUGUGUAGGCUACAUUCAGUAUGUCAGUUGGUCCGAAUCAUACACUUGGUAACUAUGGAAACACCGCCAAAGAAACAGUUACUGUGCUUCUGUUGGUCUGCUUCAUUGAAAGCUGUGAGGGUGGUCAUGCACUUGCUGUCUGCGAUGGUGAGAACACUGUUUGCCCUUGAGGCCUCUCUGCGAUUGUACUGUAUGCUAAAAACUAGUAUGUAUACUAAUGCAUUCCAAAAAAAAAAAGACGAAAUCAGAACGUUUAUUUUGCUUCAACAUUUUAAAUAUGAUUUGUAAAUAUUAGUUUGGUAUAGUUCUUAUGAUGGCGCUUAAAUGUAUUUCAUAUGAUCUUAUUAUGUAAAUGGAAACAUCAUGUCCUAAGAAAGAGUGAAAACUCCUGUACAGUGUAAUUAAAUGAACUUCAUCUCUUCCCCCAACACCUGGACCAAAAAAGGAGGCUGUCAGGUUAGCAACUUCCCAGGGUCUUAUUUAGUUGGCAUGUUUUGUUUCUCUUUCUUUUGUUGAGUUUAUUUUCCCUUAACAGGGUUGUUGAAAUGCACUGGACCUUGUACUGUUUUUGCUGUCUUGUUUAUAUGAUGAUUCUAUGCUAAUUCCUGCACUGUUUGUUUUUUGUUUGUUUUUUUUCAACGAGAAGGACGCAUCUGGCUUAGCAUGUCAUUUUUGAGCCCCUCCCCAGCUUAUGUUGCCCGCGCUGUACCCUUAAUCUCGAAAAAUGAAAUAGCAAGAAAACGCCAGAUGAUGUCACAAAGUAUCAGGCCGAUAAGGAUUUUACUGAGACUUCUGUUGAUAAUGAAUUCCCCUUUUUGAGAUGUUCCUCAAAGCCCUUUAAAUCAAAGACUCUCAGUCGCCUUUUUGGGAACAGUAUGGUCGUUAAAGUGGAGUGACAUCCACUUGCAUGUGGGACUAUAUAGUGGAGGUGACCAAACCCUUUGACCCCGCUGGUUAUGGGGGCCUUUUAUGGUGCAAGGGUGUUCAGUGCCAAUGGUGCUGUCAUGACGUGACAUCACAUUAUGCAUUAAUGACAUGGUGUGGUCACACGUUUUGAGUCGGCCCUUUCUGGCUUGGAUGAGAAGGAUGUCAAAGUUGUUAAAGGACCCUCCUGCAUGUCUACCCACAGUACCGCUAAACACAGCAUGAGAGGCCGACGCCCAGAGGCUUUCAAGUGUACAGCAGUGAAUCAUGACACAUAGGUGACAAAUAAAGGACUAAA